AUCACACUGUAUUUUUGUGCUCCUCAAAGAUGAAGCAGUAGUAGCCCUGCCUCCUUUUUAACUAUAGACUACACCCACAGCAGCUCCUACCUGAGUUCAUUCUGGCACCGCCCAGCUCUCAGAGCGCACCUGCGGCUCCACGCACAUUUUACGCCAUGAGCUCAGAAGACUAGACGCAGUGCUUGGAUAUAUUAUGUGGAUCAUUUUCAUUUAAUCUUUUUAUUAGUCAGGCUUGUAGCCACUGAUGGUCGAAAUGUUUCGGAUCUGAAGCAUCUGAGCGGGACGGAAACACGCGCUCUACAAGAACUAAAGUUUAAUUUCGCGCAAAAUGUCCAAAGCAGCAGAUCAGUUUGACAGCUCGGACUGUGUGUGCUCGUUCGGAAUGAAGCUCACGUGGGACAUCAACGACCCCAAACUGCCCCAGGACCCGAAACAGUUCGACCCUUUCCAGGAGUGGACGGACGGCUAUGUGCGCUACAUCUACAGCGCAGAGGACAAAAAUGCGCAGCGGCACCUAAGCGGCUGGGCCAUGCGCAACACCAACAACCACAACUGCCAGAUCCUGAAGAAGUCGUGUCUGGGCGUGGUGGUGUGCGCGCGGGGCUGCACGCUGGCAGACGGCACCAAACUGCAGCUGCGCCCCGCCAUCUGCGAUAAAGCCCGUCAGAAGCAGCAGAAGAAGCUUUGUCCAAACUGCAGCUCGGCUCUUGAGCUCGUACCGUGUCGAGGACACAGCGGCUAUCCGGUCACAAAUUUCUGGAGAGUGGACGGCAAGGCCAUCUUUUUCCAGGCUAAAGGAGUGCACGAUCACCCCAGACCAGAGAGCAAAUCAGAGACAGAGGCGAGGAGGAGCGCAGUAAAGAGGAGGAUGUCCUCCCCUCACUUUCCUCAAAAAAGAAGAAUAAUAGAGUCAGAGCCUGGCCGCUACUCUGACAUGCCUUUCUCCAACAUCCACCCGCUGGCCAUGGAGCCUCCGGACCGCUUCAGCAUCAUCGCAGAGUCUAACUUCCCCAUGCAGACGCAGCACUACCCUGCCUUCCAGAACCCUGAGAACCCCUACAAGUUCCCCUACGAUACCCACAGUACUGCCACCAUGACCGACACUCCAAGCCCUUUACAAAAGCCUGCCAACCACCGGCUGUACAUGCCUCGGCCUCCAUGUGGAUACGACUUUGCAGUACCGAGCUACCUGGGCUCUAGCCCGUAUCCCUCAGCACUGUAUAAAGACCCUGCCAGCCCUCAGAGCGAGGCUGAACUCAAUAAAACUGCCUCCAGCCUGAGUACGACACCUCAGCUCCCGAACCACGAAAGGUCAUAUCCGGACGUUGCUGCCAAGCAUCAUAGCUGGAAGCAGAUCCUGGGCAAAGGGCAAUACGGGGAAAGAACGGAAUACCCUCAGCUUCCAGCCAACACCAACCACUACUACAACAGCGAGUACCCAUGCAGGUACACAGGACCCGCCCCUGCUACCCCCACGGCCCUGCAGACCAUCAUCACCACCACCACCAAAGUGUCCUACCAGCCCUGCCCCAAGCCCCCUGUGGUGAAAUAUGGGGACAACAUCUACGAUGUGAAGGGCCUGUCUAACUGUAACUCUAUUCUCGAGGAGUCCUCACCCACGUCUUACUCUGAUCUCAAGAUUCCAGAGGAUUCUGGAGUGAUCAAAACAGCCUUGUCCUACCAGGAUGCACUUCCUGCCAAAAUCGAAAGGGCAGAGAACUUUGAGGGGUACCGCUACAGCAGCUACAGCUCCAACAGCUAUCCUGAAAGAGUGACGCAUCCAUACAGGUACGACAGCGGAGAGUUUUGACUAUUAGCACCAACAAAUCAUCAAGGUAAAGGAAAGCAGGGGGUCCCAGAAGGAACCAAAUACUGAUUUCCGUUUUCCUGAUCAAAUCUCAGUGGGCCAAAGAACAUUAAGGGAAAGGGGGGACAAAUGAUUUUUGGACUGUUCUUCAGAUCUGUAAGUAUGUGUAGUUAUUUAUAAGCAGUAUUUGAGUUUUAGAACUGUUGAAAUGUUUUAGUUGAGAAGACAUGAUUAAAAAUCUGCAGAGCAAGACAUUUCAGGAUAUUUGCGAAAUAGCUGAAGUUGUGUGUCAAAGCUAAAGUUGUUAUAGCUGUCGUAUAUUGGUAUAAAAUAGUAAUGAAUACCUUGUAUUUGUUUAAAUACGUGUCAGAAUCAUGAAUUUGUUUUUUGAUUAUUCUGUAAAAUGGCCGGUUUUAAACUAAACUGACAGUAAAUGAAGUGGGACCUCAAGUCAUUCAGAGUGGAUGCCCAGUCCACUCAAAAAUUACAGUGCUACAAAGGGUUCUUUGUGUGAUGGCAUAGAAAGAACCAAUUUUGUAAACAAUAUAUGUGUGAAUAAACCCUUUAGCCACUUAAAUUCUGUGGAACCACCAGUGGUUUCUGGCUUUUUUCUGCACUGGUAUAAUUAUAAACAACUAGGCUGAUCUGCGUUCCUUUUAUUUAGUUACAGAAUAGCAGCCUUUGGGAAAAAAAGAUACUUUACAGGUACGUAUUUAUUUAUCAAAGUCACAAAGGCAUUUCUGUAAGGAGCAACAUAGUCCUUAAGGUCCAAUGGCAGGAAAAAUGACAGCAAAAUGGAAAUAUGGGAUAGAUUUUCAUUUGUUUGGAGCAAAAGUUUGAGUAAUUUGUGUGUUUCGUUUCUUAAGGUUCUUAAGUUUUUUUUUAAAUAAACACCUCUAUCAGAUGUUUUAGAUUAUACCUUGUUGUAAUAUAUCAGAACACAAGCCAAAAAUACAAAGAAUUAAAUUAACUCUAUGUUUUAUAAGGUAUAAAAUCCAUACCAUUUAUAAAAUCUACAAUAUGCUGAAAAUGAUUUGCUUGUUUUUGAAAAUUCUACACAAGUGUUGAGCAGGGAGUUACUGAAGGUACUGAAGAAAUACCCUUAAAUGUUUUACCCCAGUGACAGUUUACUACUAUUUCUUCUAAAACAGUGUGUAAAAAGUCACAAAUAAUACUGUAAAAAAGACAAUGUAAAGAUUCUUUACCCAUUUUUAAAAAAAAUGUUUCUUUUUAUGGCACCAUUAAAGAACCUUUUUAGCACUUAGUAUUUGUAACAGUGUAUUCUGCCUUUGAUCUGUAAUUAAAGCCUUAAAAAUAUAGUACCCAAAGUGUUUGUCUGAGUGUACAUGCUGUGACCUUGUCUUACAUGUAAUGAAUAAACAGCGUACUUCAACAUCAUGCAUAUUGUGACAUUUUGGAUGUGCGUAAGUGAAGUCAAUAAGCCCUCAAAGCCUUCAAGCCUUCAAGCCUUUUAGCUGCCAAAGUAGAAAAGCUCUGUGUUUGUUCAGCACACGCCGGUUGGAAGUGGAGAAAACACAGAUCACCUACGAGGCUGUAAUGUGGGGCUUUGUGAUUGAGCGCUUUUAAGGCCUCGGAGAAAGAGAGUGACACAUUUCACUGGCAUGAACAAUCGAGUAGGGGAUGUUCUUCUGUCAGGAGGGAUCAAGGAUAAUCACAGACAAUUAAGCAGGCGGUUUGUCAACGGACUGCUUUUAAUCUCCAUCUUCAGAAGAGCCUCGAGGCUCAGACCUCCGUCGCUCUGGCGUGGGGGGUAUGAAGGAAUAGGACAUGACAUUAGACUGAGAAAGAGAGAAAGAGAGAGGUAGAGAGAUGGAGAGAGAUAGAGAGAGGUCAGAAAAGGAUGAAAGGAUAAUAAAUAUGUAUAAGUGUGGAGAAAGAAAUGAGAGAAGACAGAAAAAAUGAGAGAAAAAUGCCAAUAAUACCUGUUGCUGACAGCAUCUCUUCACACAACUUUCACACCGAGAGCCAGGCGCCACGGCAUCACGGAGCCGUACAAACACACUUUCUAACACACACGUACACACAUGUACCCGUCUCUUUCAUGUCCUCCCUGAAAAAAGAUCUCAUAGAUGCUCUAGAUAGAUCUAGAUAAACAACAAAUCAUGCAUGGGUUUGGACAUCAGGAGUGGUGCAUGUGUUAAGAGCAAAUCUCAGAAUCUCUGUCAGGUUCAGUGUUUGAGCAAUGCUCGGCAUCUAAUACACAACACACCUAUACUGGUGUAGGAUUGAUUCAUGAUUAGUUUAAACAUUUCAUUAUUUAACCCACUGGACUGUGGAGUCUCCCAAAAAAAUGAAGAAAUAAGCACUAUUUGGCAUGUUCAUGUUUGUCUUUAGUGAGCCUUUGUUAACAGCUGAAACAUCAUCUGUAAAUAACUGUGGCAAAACAUGUCUUUAUGCAGAUAAAAAAAACAACAUGUAUAUUACUCAAUAGUUCAAUGUUCAUUGUUCUCUUUCUUUUAUUCUUAUUUAUUAAUUAUAUAUUUUUAGUACAACUGCCUUUACCUAAAUAUCUGUUUUGCUAUUUUCUUUUUUUUUGACUAAUGUGUUUUUGUUUGUUUGUUUAUUUAACUAAGAAUAAAUUUUUGUUUUUUUUUAUUUGACAAUUUCUAGCAGACUGUAAGCUGUACUGAUAAACAAAAGAAAAUAUGACAUUAACAUUUAAAUAAAAAGAUUGCAGAGAAAAUAUA